GGCGGGGCUCGUGGGGAAGCUUCCGCGCAGGCGCCGUGAGGCCUGUCUGACCGACCUUCAGCCGGGCCGGUGCCACCAUGUUUUCUCGGGCAGGCGUCGCGGGUCUCUCGGCUUGGGCCGUGCAGCCGCAAUGGAUCCAAGUUCGAAAUAUGGCAACCUUGAAAGAUAUUACCAGGCGACUAAAGUCAAUCAAAAACAUCCAGAAAAUUACCAAGUCUAUGAAAAUGGUAGCAGCAGCGAAAUAUGCCCGAGCCGAGCGGGACCUGAAGCCAGCCCGAGUGUAUGGGAUAGGGUCCUUGGCUCUGUAUGAAAAGGCUGAUAUUAAGGUACCUGAAGACAAGAAGAAACACCUCAUCAUCGGUGUGUCCUCAGACCGAGGGCUUUGUGGUGCUAUUCAUUCCUCAGUGGCUAAACAGAUAAAAAGCGAGGUGGCCAAUCUCACAGCAGCUGGGAAGGAAGUUAAGAUUGUUGGAGUUGGUGAUAAAAUCCGGGGCAUCCUCCACAGGACGCACUCGGACCAGUUUCUAGUGACAUUCAAGGAAGUGGGGAGGAAGCCCCCCACCUUUGGGGAUGCGUCGGUGAUUGCCCUCGAGCUGUUAAAUUCUGGAUAUGAGUUUGAUGAAGGGUCUAUCAUCUUCAACCGAUUCAGGUCUGUCAUCUCCUACAAGACAGAAGAAAAGCCCAUCUUCUCCCUUGAUACCGUUGCAAGUGCUGAGAGCAUGAGUAUCUAUGAUGAUAUUGAUGCUGAUGUGCUGCGGAACUACCAGGAGUACAGCCUGGCCAACAUCAUCUACUAUUCCCUGAAGGAGUCCACCACGAGUGAGCAGAGCGCCAGGAUGACGGCCAUGGACAACGCGAGCAAGAAUGCUUCGGAAAUGAUUGAUAAAUUGACUUUGACAUUCAAUCGCACCCGCCAAGCUGUCAUCACAAAGGAGCUGAUUGAAAUCAUCUCCGGUGCCGCGGCUCUGUAAGUAACACGCCUGGCUUCCAGAGUUCUCUCAUCUGUGCCUGCUGCUUAACUUUGCAUGUUUAAGUUUUUUCCCACUUUGUUGCGUCUGUGAAAGAUGAAAUGAUCCAUUGCUUAAUGGUUCCUUAAUAUUAGUAUAUAAAGAUUUGAUGAACAUGAGAUCUCUGGCUUAUUUUGAUUGUUUGAGCUGAAACAUUCAGGCGUAGUUUCUUCUUUUAGAAAUCAGCAUAUGGCUCUCUCUCACUUUCCUGAAGUUUAAGGAAUAAAGAUGUGAAUAAUUUAGUAACAUUUAUAAAAUCUGUCUUUGAAACUUAAAACAUUAUAAACCAAGCUUUCUGAGUUAUAGGACUGGUUUGGCUGGUUUUAUAUAAUUUUGUAAAUCAUUGAAUGGUGGUAGAAUCCAGGAAUUUUUUUUAAGUUUUCUGUAUUAGUGCUGUCUUAACAGAGGUUCUUAAAAUACCAUUUUCCCCAAGAAAAUAUCUUGGUUAUCUAGCUAGAUGUGUAAUGUUUAUGAAAUCAGGGUUACCAUGAUGGGAAAUUGUUUUAAAAAUUACUGGGGUUUCCUUGUGGUGCAGUGAGUUAGGGAUCCGGUGUUGUCAGUGGAGCAGCUCGGUGGAUGCUGUGGCAGGGGGUUGACCCCCAGCCUGGGAACUUCCGCGUGCCAAAGGUGUGACCAAAGAAAAGACUAAGCCACCGCCCAGCCUGUCACUCCUGCCCUGUGGUGUCAGAGUCCAGGCGCUCCCAGCCUGACGGGCAUCGUUACAAUGCGUCUCCUUCCUGCAGCGCGGUUUCUAAGCGGCGGCCAAGACGGGACUAAAUGAGGGUCUUAUUCCCGUCCUCCCGGCCGUCUGUCCUGCUGCUGGUGCCAGGCCGACUGCUGGGUGGGGAGUCGGGGGCUGUGAGACUCCAAGAGCUCUUUCUCAAUGGGCAUGUGGGCGCCUGGCUGGAAGGGAGCAGCGCCAGAGAAAUGAGCGGGGGGAGAUUGGGACACAGACUGAGAAUUUUUCAAGGGAUUCAGAGAAACUGGUAAUUCACGGGUUCGUUUUUGCUUUCUGGAAAGGCUGUCUAACUCCUUUAUUAAAAGUUAGCUGUGCAGCCCACAAUGGAUUGUUUAUGUGAAUGGCCUUGCAUGCUCUGUAAGCUGUCAGGUCUUCUGCCUAAAGACUCUUCAUACAAACACCUGUGGCUAUUUGGUAAUAAGAUGAAAGGCAUGAAUAAACCGUAGUAUUUGAGGUGUCAAAUAUGGGUGGCCAGCCUCAGAUUUGUUCAUGUAUUUGUUCAGCCUCAGAUUUGUUCAUGUAUGCUAGUUACAGAAAAAGCCAUGGUUUGUCAAGUAGGCUUACACACUCCUGCCUACCUACAUGAACAUGGUUGUAUUGCUUCUGACAGAUUCAAGGCUAACGUGUUUUUAACCACCAUUGAAUCUGUUUCAAGGCACUGUUGUGGUACGUGUGCAAUACACUCAAGGUAUCGAGUGAGGCGACGGGCUUUUUUAGUUGGAAAUUGUACAUGAUUAACUAGCACGGAUUGCUUCUUGACCUGCUUGUGUUUGUCUUUUUCUCCUAAUAUACUAACCCAGGGAGUAGUGAAAUCGAGUUCCGUCCACAGACAAGAGGUAAAGAAGAAUUCAGCCAGCUGGCUAUUUUUAGCUUUCUGCUGUCCUUGUCAGAAGAAGUUGUUGUUCCAUUGUCUAAAUUACUAAAGGCAGCAAGAUAUUUGUAAAUUAUCUUACAAUAAAUGAGUCACUAUACGGAAA